AUGACAAAUUUGUUGUAUAUGUUCAACUCUGAUGAGAAGGCAUCUAUUGCUAUCUGGAUGAAUGAGAAAUUGCCAGAAAGAAAUUAUUGCAUUUUUACCAGAGACCUUUGUGUUAAUAACAUUGAAAGCAAUCUUUUUGCCUUUGGCUUUCAGUCGCCUGUCCAAGUGAGAGUUAUGAGAAUAGCUAUAUCAUUCUGCCUUGAUGCUACUCAUGGCAUAUCAGCAAGAAGUGGAGAGGUCAUGUACUCUUUAGUGACUCAACACAACGUAAGUGGAAAAGGGUUUCCUGUUGCUUACAUGGUUACAAAUAACCAGACAGUCAGACCAAUCAGCCAAUGGUUUAUGCAUCUUUGUGAGAGAAGCUACUUCCAUCCUUUGAAUAUCACCAUUGACUGUAGUAUUUCUGAAGUUAAUGCAAUUACAUCUGCAUUUCCUCACGUUGUAAUUCACUAUUAUGAAUUCCAUAUUCUUUGUGCUUGGCAAACAAACCUCAACAACAAACUCAAGACUAUCUACUUUGACCGUGCUAGAAUCAGAAGACUGGAUCGCCUCAUGUUUAUUCUUACAAACAAUGUAAAGUAUUUCUACAAACAAGAAGUAAAUCGUAUUCACUUAAAUAAUGGAAAGAUGGGGCCAGUAGAAAACGAACUUGCAAGAAAUGAAUUUGCUGCAUCCAAGAUAGAAGAUGACAUACUCCCUUCUAUGAUCAUCAGUCCAUUAAAUGUGAUUAGUACUAGUAUGGAUGACUCUGAUAGCAAGUGGCAAAUCAAGUUUUUUACAAAUGAUACAAUAUAG